GGGGCGCGCGCGGGCCACGCUCUCUGGAGCUCCGCCCCGCCCAACGUGGACUGGAGCCCAGCGCGGCCCACAGCCUGGGUGGACCUGGUUUGGCGACUUCUACCUGGGCCUCCUGCGGUCAGGAAGGGGUGCAGGGGAAGGGGCUAUGGGCUUCUAGGUUAGCGAGCUGCGGGGUUGCGGCAGGCUAGUGACAGGCACAGGCUUGGCGAUCGCCUCUAAGUGCUUGGGAGGACUCGAACUGGCUCCGGGAGAUUUUAGGAAGACACAAUUUUCAAAGCUAACUAUGAAAACAUUUAUCAUUGGAAUCAGUGGUGUGACAAAUGGUGGGAAGACAACACUGGCUAAGAAUUUGCAGAAACACCUCCCAAACUGCUGUGUCAUAUCUCAGGAUGAUUUCUUUAAGCCAGAGUCUGAGAUAGAGAUAGAUGAAAAUGGAUUUCUGCAGUAUGAUGUGCUUGAAGCUCUUAACAUGGAAAAAAUGAUGUCGACUAUUUCUUCCUGGAUAGAAAGCCCAAGUCACUCUCUAGUAUCAACAGACCAGGGAAAUGCUGAGGAAAUUCCCAUAUUAAUCAUUGAAGGUUUCCUUCUUUUUAACUAUAAGCCCCUUGACACUAUAUGGAAUAGAAGCUACUUUCUGACCAUUCCGUAUGAAGAAUGUAAGAAGAGGAGGAGUACAAGGGUCUACAAGCCUCCAGACCCCCCAGGGUACUUUGAUGGCCAUGUGUGGCCCAUGUACCUAAAGCACAGACGAGAAAUGGAGGACAUCACAUGGGAAAUUGUUUACCUAGAUGGAACAAAAUCUGAAGAGGAACUGUUUUCACAAGUGUAUGAAGAUCUAAGACAAGAACUAGCAAAGCGAAAAUAUUAAGUAUUGUACUAUCGAAGUGGAUGGUGAAAGAACAGCCAGAAAUAUAGUUUAUUACAUACCCAAGAGUAACAUACCAGAAUGCUAAUGUAGAAUUGUAUCCAUUCAUUCAUUGCUUUGAAGAUAAUUCAGAAUCAGAAACUCGGAAUAGGUUUAGAGACUUGAUUAUUUUUUUAAGGGUGAAAAUAUUCACCCUUUGUUAUAUCUCUUAAUGAUAAUUAUGUUUUUUAGUUUAAAUAUUUUAGUAUAUGGCAGUUACUUCAAUGAGGCUGAAAUUACCUUUAGGCCUAAUGAAGUUAAAAUGCUGGUAGUCUUGUUUUAAUAUGUCUAGAGCUCCUCCGUCUUUAUUCCUCUUAAAGAUUUUCUAUGAAUUUCUUAUUUCCCAAAUUCCUCAAAAGUAAACAGAAGAUUUAAAACAUUAUUUAUUAUUUCUUUAAGGUUUUCAUAUUAGAUGACACAUUUUUAAAGUGAUGGAAAUCCCUCUAAAUCUGGCUUAAGCAGAAAGAAAGUACAGGGCAGCAGUCACUGACAGAAAUCAUGUCUGUUGGAAGCACCAUCCUUCUGUGUCCAGCAGCCCCAGUGGAAAAAGACAGUUUAUCCUUUUUCAAGAUUCUUCAUGAGUUGAUAAAUGUUGAAGCUAGGUAUUGUGUACAAGGGGUUUAUAUAUUAUUGUUUCUAUUUUUGCAUAUGUUUAAAUUUUUUUAUUUUAAACAGUUUUUUAAAAAGUAGUUUUCCAUUUUAGCCCAACCGAAAAGUCCCAGGGAAGACUUUGAUUGGUCCUUCUUGGGUCACAUGACUUUUGCUAAACCAAUCAUUAGGGCCAGGGAGAUGAUAUACUCUGACUGAAUAGGACUGGAUCAUAUUUUGAUCUUGUAAUUAAUUGAAUACAUCUCCUAAGCCCUCCUGACUUAAGGGGAGAAAUUCCCCAAAGAGAAAGCAGGUAACGAGGUAGAAACCAGGACAAGAAGGAUGACUGAAAGAAUAAAACUAUAGAUCUAACUGCUGUUAUAUUUGAAUUAAAAGGGUUUUCAUGGCUAACACAUGCAAAAUGCAAUAAUCAACUGAUUCAAGAGAAGACAGUAUGAGUCACUCCAGCACUGAAGAAUAUUAAAUGUAUUUUUGGUGUGACACAACUACCCUAGCCCCAACAUCAUCAUCUCUCAAUAAAAAUUAGAUUAACUAUAUCCUCAGAAUAUUCCUAUCUGACUAGGGAACUGAGCGUAGCCAGGCAGCCCAUUGAUGCUACAUACUCCUAAUUUCAGGAUCAGCCCUUCGUGUGAACAUGAACACAUUUGAAGAAAUUUCAGGACCAUUUUAAAUUUCUUCUUAGAGGAACUUAUUAUCCUUGCCAGAUAUGCUGCCCACUCCUGCCAUCUGUUACUCUGAUGAAAAACAGACCCACAGUGAAGCUCAGGGCACCAGCAUGAGUGAAUAUAAAGAGUGAAGGGGGAAGGGAGGGGCUCAGCUUUCAUAUAUGAUAGCACUCGAGCCAGAUCCACUUUUAUAGGAGUUAUAGGCUCCUUUCUGGCCCUAAUGAGAUACUUCCAAGGGUGUUUCAGCUGUUGUACACCUAGACUUUUCCAUUUUCUUGAUAAUGGCCAGUGCUCAUGUCCAAUUCUCCUUUAGUGAUUAAGUCAUAUACUGGAAGUUGACAUUAUGAUCUCCUUGGUGAUAUGAAAGGAGCCUUGAUCAUGUAGCUCAGGCAAAUUGCACCUAGUUCUGUACCAAAUUCCAGCUUUGGCCAUCUGGUCCAAGCCCAAGAAUAGCUGGCAUGUUUUGACAGGCACGGAAAACCCACAAAGGUACAUGUCCAUGUGUGUGACACCUUCCUCUUUCCUUGCCUAUAUCCUAGAGGAAAUAUUCAAUUAUACCUUUUAAGGCUACCUUGCUUGUGUUCUGGUUAUUGGAUAAAGUUUAAAAAAUAUAUAUGUAACAGAUGUUAGAAGAGACAUAAAAUCCAAAACAGAUCAGCUUUUCCUACCUCCACGAUCUGUGUUAUGUUUGUUUUUUUUUUUUUCCAGUUGCAUAAAUAAGUCACUGAGUUAUAUUACUCCACCAUUUUUCACAUUUCUUCCAACCACAAUGCCCUGGCAAAGCCAGCCUGGAGGGAUCCUAAGCGUGGCCCAGUUUAACCCUCAGUUUGGGAAUGAGGUAGUACAGAAGCCUUUCAGAGGUUUCAGUUGACUACUCUUCAGGCUUCUCAUAACAUAUCAUAAAACUGCUUAACUAAUUUUUCACUCUAAGCACAUAAAAUCCUCAUUAUGAGAAAGUAAUAAUGAAAGGGAAACAAAGAUUGCAUUUAAUUAUUAAUGAAACAAUAAAUGUCUUAGGAAAGUAAGGAUAUGAAGUAUGUGUUUAAUCAAUCCUUAUUUAAAUCCAGAUUUUGAGGCAAAAUUGAAUCAUUCCCUAUUCUCACUAUAACAAGGCAGUCUAGCCACCAGCAACAUUCAAACUUUCUUUUAAAAUGUUUAUUUUCAUCUCAUUAUAAAAGUACCUUAAUUACAAAAACUUUUAAUGAAGAAAAAAAAUCACCUAUAUUUUCAGCAAUCAGCAAUGUUAACAUUUUAAUGAGUAUGCAUUCAAUGUUUUUACCAUUCACAUCAGUCUCUUUUUAUAUAGUUACAUACUUUACAUGGUUAACUGCCAUACUUCUUUCUUUCUUAAAAUUAAUAUCUAAGAAGCUUAACAGUGUUCAUUGUAUAAUGAAACUGGAUAAAACUAAAUAGCUCUCCCAGUUAAAGAACUGAAGGCUGAGUUCUGUUUUGCUCAUUGAAAGCAAUUUAUAAGACUUGACAGAGACAUCUUAGUGCAGGAAAUGCCACAUAUCUAGUUUCAAGUCAUAGGAAUAAGAAAUUACAAAAUAAAACUUUAAUCAAAUGUUUAUAUUUUUCUUUUUGGCAUUUUUCUAUAUUAAAUUUGUGAAAAUGUGAUUUCCAGUUAUAAAGUAAUAGUAUAAUUACCUAGUAUAAUAGUCCAAAUUGACAUAAGAUUAUUGAGUCAUUUCCCAUUUGUUGGAUAUUUAGUAUGGGUACAGUUUUUCACAUUAGCAAAUAACAUGCUAUAAAAAUAUCUGCACAUAUUUCUGGUUUUCUUCUUGAAUUAAAAGUUUUCAAAAGUAGCACUUGCUUGGUCAAAAAGUAUAAUCAUUUUUACAUUUUACAUACUUAAAGAUUAAAUACUGUACUAGAAAAUGUGUUUCUCCAACAUGAGCUGUGUAAUAAGAAUAUAGUAGGUUUAUCAUUGGAGCUCUAAGCCAAAGUCACUUAGCAGUCAGCUAGGCUUCCUUGAUUUAAGAAAAAAAAAAUUAAAGUAACAACACUUCUUUUCCCAAAUCAAGGAUUACACUCUAAAACAAGAAUUCUACUGCAGCCUUUGUAAUAUUCUAGUUCUCAAACUAUUUCAUUCCUUGAAAUCAAGGAUUAUUAUACCAAUUGUAAACGAUAUUAGAUAUCUGAUAUCUUAAGUUAGGCUUAAAUUCAAUGCAAAGAUUAACAGAAUGAGACUUGGACUCUAUUUAGUUCUUUAUGGAAAACCAGCAUUUCUGGCUACAGAAUACCUGUAAUCUUAACAUCGUUAGGAUACUAUUGUUAAUGUGAAGGUUUAAUAAAACGAGAACUGGAAUUCUCCAUUAAUUUAUUUGCUAUUAUAUUUAUUCUCAAGGUCUGCAAGGAACAGCAUAAAGAUGGAAUCCACUAAAUCCUUCCUGGGGUGAAUUAGGAAACUCGAAAGAACGUAUUCAAGAACCUUAACCAAGAUAUAAUACAUACUUUGGUACAAUGACAGUUGUUUGUUCUAUCACAUGUGCUUUUCCCAAGUAAAUAGUUAUCCAUGACAGUGUGUGGGAAUUUACCUUAAUGACUUGUUCUCAGUCCCAGAAGUGUACAGAUAUAACACUGUAAGUCAGUUCUUCUAGACUAAUGAUUGUCAAAUUUUCCUGAAUGGGAACGUUUUAUAUAACAUUACAGUGUGCAUGUAAUCUAUUAUGUGUGUGUUUGUGUAUAUGUGCCUAUGUGUAUGUGACUGUGUGUGUAUGUGUCUGUAUGUACAUGUAUAUAUGUGUGUGUGUAUACACAGACAUGUUAAGCAUCAUAAAACAUUUACCUUAUAUACAGUGUACUCUGGUAUUUUUCUAUUUUUAAUAUUUUUUAAAUAUCUGUUUACCAUUCCAUACCAAUGCCCAUUUUCUGCAAAUAAUGGCAUUACCAGGAGUAGCGGUCACAUAAAAUAAAUCAACAGUUCCUUAUAGUAUCCUUCAUGGGAGUGUUAUGUCAUUGUUAAUUCUGUUAUUGUUUUUUGCAUGUAUCUAAAAACCACUGAAUCAUUGUGUCACUUAACAUUGAGACGUUAUAAAAAGGGUUUUUUCCUGUGUUUUAUUUUGUUUUUGUCAAACCAAUAGUCUAAAGUCACAGAAAUAAGUUACAGUUACUUCAAUGACAUGUUAUACAAGAGACCUUCAUUGAAAAAUACAAACAGAAAAUCUGAAUUGUAUGAUUAUUUGAGGUCUCUGUCCGUGCUGGAACUUAUAUUAUCUACUGUACUGAUCAACUUUUUGUUUAUAAAUAGUGAACAGAUUUCUCACAACCCUCUUUAUUCUUACAAAUAUAAAAUAUAUUCUAACAUUAA